AAAUCAACUACCGAAACCCUAGGCAAAUACACAAUAAUACCCAAAUUCAAUUUUCAGAAAAUUAUAGAUUGCGCCAUUGCAGCUCCAGAGAUAAUGUACCGAUCAGAUGUUACCAGCGAAGAAUCAGAGAGAACAGCUUUUCGCAAAGCCGAGAAGAAGUAUAAAAUCUAUUACGACAACACCAGAAAGAAAAAGAUAGCGAGAGCUGUAGAUUUAUCAGAGGUUGUAGAUUUCAAGUCAAUUUUAGAAAAAUACAAUUGCAAUGGUGAACUAGUUGAAGGAGUUUCGGUGCUAAAAUGCGACUUCGAUCGACCUAUUUUCUGCUUGGAAAGUCGACCGGGCUUUUAUUUUAUUCCUGGUGCGUUAAGCGUUGACGAGCAGUGUGAAUGGAUAAGGGAGAGUUUGACGAACUUCCCUCAGCCCCCGAAUCGAACAAACCACAAUGCGAUAUACGGGCCUGUAAAGGAUUUAUUUGAUUCAGCUAAAGAGGGCAAGGUUUUAGUUUCAGAAGAGAAGCUUCUAGAAGAUGCUUGUUCGAAGAUUAAUGGUAGCGAGAGUACUUUCCAAUGGAAGUUUGUCGAAGAAUUGGGUGAAUCGUGCAAGUCGGUGUUGGCUUCUGUUUUGCUGCGUAAGUUAAGAUGGAGUACACUUGGCGUGCAGUUUGACUGGUCCAAGCGAAGCUAUAAUGUAUCUCUCCCUCACAAGAAAAUACCCGAUGCACUACACCAGUUAGCUAAAAGGAUGGCAAAACCGGCUAUGCCGUGUGGUGAAGAAUUCCAGCCAGAAGCUGCCAUAGUUAAUUAUUUUGGAGCAGGCGAUAUGCUUGGGGGGCACCUCGAUGACAUGGAAAAAGAUUGGAGUAAACCUAUAGUGAGCAUGAGUUUGGGUUGCAAAGCUAUUUUCUUACUCGGGGGCAAAUCGAGGGAACAUAAUCCAACUGCAAUGUUCCUUCGAAGCGGUGAUGUUGUACUUAUGGCUGGAGAAGCUCGGGAGUGCUUUCAUGGUGUUCCUCGGAUAUUCACUGACGCAGAAAACGCCGAGAUAUCCGAUCUUGAAUCUCAGUUUACUGGAGAAGAUGAAAAACCAUACUUGAAUUACGUCAGGACAUCAAGAAUCAACAUCAAUAUCAGACAAGUAUUCUGAAAUCGAUAUGCCUUUCGGUCAAGAAAAAAUAGUAGACGAGCAUUUUUCGAGAAUUAGAAUUUUGUUAGAGCAGUUGAAAUAGUGUCUUGUUUAUCUACGUUUCGUUAAUAGAUUAGGCGUUGGUACAAAGCUGCUAUUGAAUCUUUUGGUUUUACAACUCUGCUUUAUGUGUAUCCCCCAUGGUUGAAAUGAAUUUACUUUUUAAAUUAAUUUUGUUCUUGAUUUGGUUCUUCUUCCUGUGAAUAUUUUUCUUAACAUCCCUUGAUGUAUAAACUUGUAACUUUAACGGG